AGGUACUGUCGGCCAACGACCUCAGCUGGUCUCGCACAAUUAUAACCGCACUCACGCCGCCCCCCUCGCAGAGUCGCCAUGGUUUCUGCACUAAUUCUGAUCGCGGACGGAACGGAGGAGAUGGAGUUUACCAUCACCUACGAUACCCUCGUCCGAGCUGGUGCCUCAUGCACCUCUGCGUUUGUAUCCACCGAGGAGCGUCAGGGAGAUAGCGGUUCCUACGAGAAGAAUCCUCCUUUCGCAAAGGGCUCUCGCGGCAUCAACAUCCUCCCUGACACCUACUUUUCGCCUCAGGCGCACACUCCGGACAAGUUCGAUCUGCUCGUCAUCCCAGGAGGUGCCAAGGGAGCCGAGACGAUCUCCAACAGCUCCCCGGUACAGCACUUGGUCCGCCAGUUUCUCGAGGCCGGCAAAUAUGUGGGCAUGAUUUGUGCAGGUAGCCUCGCCGCGUUGACGGCAAAGCUGCCGAAGCAGCCGCUGACGUCGCACCCAAGCGUAAAGGACCGCCUUGCAGAUGCUUUCGUGUACUCCGAGCAAUCGGUCGUCGUCUCCGGAAAGCUGGUGACAAGUCGAGGUCCAGGAACCACUUUUCCCUUCGCAUUCACCCUUGUUGAAAUGCUAUUCGGUAAGGAGAAGCGCGAGGAGGUUAUAGGACCCAUGGUCUUCCCUCCGGGCACUUGGGCCUAAGACCCUACGCAUGGUCUGGUCACGAUUCAGGAAACAAAGCUAUUGUGUGCCAUGUAGGCACCUGUGCAUGUAUCACUAGCGAAGACCAGUGCUCCAAAAUCCUUGUAAUCACUUAACGGGCAAUACGGAAGAUAGUAUAGGGGACAAUGACCUUGGAUUGAG